UCAGUCAGAACGGUGGCUGGGUAUUGCAGUUUCGUUCUUCUUUUCCGCCGUGGUCUCUGAUGUAAACAAUAGGAACAAUGUGUCGUGCGAAAGGAAACGAGAAACACGAUGAGCGGGUGUACGUGAAAAAAUAAUUGAAGAAAUUCAGAAAUUGCACUUUUGUGGUGGAGGCACUCGAAAAUGUCGCGGACUAAAAAAUUACAUUUCUUGUUUCUGUCUAUGUUUUGUUUCGGGCAAGGUUUUGCGAGUGUGCAUUUCUUUCAUCCACCAGUUUUGAACAUAGGAGAGGGGUCCAUUGAUGUCGAAGCAAAUUCCACACUAAAACUCAGUUGCAGUGGAAAACACCCGCUCCGGUGGAAAAUUCAAUCACCAAAGGGUAUACUGCUGAACGACACCCGCAUCUUUAUGUCUUCAUAUGUAGAUAUGUACCAAACUGUAAAUAAGUACAAAUCCACCAUCUCAUUAUCAAACUUAGAUUAUAAGGAUACUGGUUUUUACAUGUGCCAUUACAUCAACACCACCGAUUUCGAUUUUGCCGAAAAUGUCACUGCUGUGUAUGUCUUUGUCAACGAUCCAGAUCACAUUUUUGUCCAGAACUCUGCCAUCAUGUCCGUCCAUUUGAUAUUGUCUCUCCAGCAGAACAAGAAAGGAAUCAUCCCUUGCCUUCCUACCAGUUCAAAAGCCAAUGUUACGCUCUGGAAGAAAGAAAGCGAAGACGAUUUCGGGGAAAUGGUGACGACGGGAACGGAUGUCACUUUCGAUCCUAGAUAUGGUUUUGGUAUACACUACCCCACAUUCUAUUUCAGUGGAUUUUUUCAGUGCAGAGCUAGUUCAAAUAAUUCUGCUGAGGAAAUCAACAUCACGAUUCUGUUUUUUCCUGACACAUAUCACGAGCCUCAACCUUACAUUGAUUUGUCUGAAGCUCUACAUCCAGUCGUGAAUGGUACUUUUGUUCUGAAAUGCACAGUCAAGGUGGAUUUGGGAACUCGAUUAUUUAUGGAUUGGAGUUACCCAAACAAAAACAACAAAGAAAACCGCAUAAACGAAACGAAAGCUCAUUCGGAGUGGAAGAAAAUACGAAAUUUUGAGCACCAGGAAGUGUCUUCGCAGCUGAUAGUAAAAGACGCACGGAUUUCAGACAGUGGGACUUAUAUCUGUUCCGUAACUGAUCACUCACAGAAAACUGGGAGAGCUGAAGUCAAUAUAAUUGUCUAUGCACAGCAGCAGCCCGUCCACGUCAACUUCACCACAGACAUCGACGUAUCGCAGCCCGUCGUUACCAAGGCUGGUCAGGACGUGAAAUUCGUCGUCACCUUCAGUGCUUUCCCCAGCAUAUCUGAAGUCGAGCUGUACUGGGAGAAAAACGGGGAAAGCCUUGAACCCGACAACCACUACCACAUGAAAACGCUGGAGUCAACCACCGUUCUGGAAAUUAAACAGCUCAUGCGUGCUGAUGCAGCAAGGUACACAUUGUGUGGGAAGACAAAAGAUACUUUCAACAAUAUUUCAAUUCUCUUAGAAGUUAAAGAUAAACCUAUAGUGUCAUUAAAGAAUGCGGAACUAGUGUACUUGGUUGAUCAAGAAUAUACUUUGGAAUGCCACGUCGAUAGCUAUCCCAAUCCAAUGGUGUGGUGGCGGUGGAAGCCUUGCAGACAGAACCAUCAGUGCGACACUGGUGGUCCAUACGGCUGGACGGAUGUAGAUCCUAGUGGAGCUGUGCCAAAUAAGGACAAUGUGACACUGACGGUUUCUGACGCAAAAAACAUGAAAAUUAUUUCAUCCCUCCACGUCACGGCCACUCAGUUAGGACACUACAAGUGCGUUGCAAGCAAUGAAAUAGGAAAAGACGAUGUACUUGUUCCGUUCAUAGUAACAGACGCAAAAGAGGGCUUCGAAGUCAGUGUAUCAAAGAAGAGGCCUGUGGAUCGAGAUUUUGUUGAACUGAUGUGUAAAGUGAACACUUUCAAUUUUACUCAAGUACAGUGGAUAUGGCGGCCCAUGAGCUCUGAAGUGGGAAUACUCUCUUUAGAAAACAUGACAGGUGUGACAAUUUUGGAUAACAGCUCGGUGUAUUCGCAUUCAUCUAGCAUCAUUUUCGAGCCAAUUAGUUUAAACAUGAGUGGAGAAUUUGAGUGCAUUGGAUCAAGUAAUGUGACUAAUACAACGCAAUCAAAGCAGAUCACCAUUGAUGUCCGAGAAAUUCGAAGCCCGACUUUAAAUAAGACUAACAUGUUGGGAACCCAAAUCCAAACUUCUUCAGGAGCUUUGCAAGAAUUUUACUGUUACGUCAACGGGGUUCCCUUCCCAGAGGUGGUUUGGAAAAAAGACGGAAAGUAUUUGGACGUCAACAACAUGUCCGGAGUCGAACUAAUAGAACAGGACCAAAAACUCAGGAUUCGAAGGACUUUAGAUAGAGAUGCUGGAGUUUACGAAUGUUCUGUUUCAAACAGAGGAGGACAUAUCAAAGCAAACGCUACCCUGCUCAUAAUAGAUAAAAAGCUUGGAACAAACAGCCUAACCGGUGGAGAAAUUGUGAUAGUGAUUGUUUUUGGCAUUGUAGGAGUUAUUCUUAUCGUAGUCGUUUCGUGCCUGAUUCAAAGAAUUUUGAAAGAAAAGAAACAGAAGAAAGAACUGGAUUUUAUCACUCAUAAUGUAUUUGAACGGGGAUAUAUUGACAUCUUCAAUCCAAGUUUACCACUAGAAGAUCAAAUUGAUCUACUUCCUUACAAGCAUCAUUGGGAAUUUCCAAGAGAAAGACUGAAAUUAGGCAAAACUCUUGGGCAAGGAGCUUUUGGUCGGGUUGUUAAAGCUGAAGCCAUUGGUUUGAUGGAAGGAGAAGCCUCAACAACAGUUGCAGUUAAGAUGCUCAAAGAGGGUGCCGGUAGUGAACAGCGGAAAGCUCUCGCGGCUGAGCUAAAGAUAUUGAUUCACAUUGGUCGACACUUGAAUAUUGUGAACUUGUUAGGAGCAGUGACAAAGAAUAUAGCCAAAGGUGAAUUAUUUGUGAUAGUUGAAUACUGCUGCUUUGGAAACCUAAGGCAUUAUUUGUUGAAGCAUAAAAGAUCGUUCAUCAAUCAAGUAGAUUGUAAAUCUGGACAGCUUGAUCCUCAAAUUUCAACACUUCCUGGCUCUCCCUUUGCGAAUAUUAAGGACAAUAUGAUCAUCUACUCCAAUAUCUUAGGUUUAGGGCUGGAUAAUCCAAAUUAUAGGGAGCAAUCACUCCACUACGCUGAUAUUGCUCAUCCACAAAUGACGAACGAUUCGGGCACAGGGAUAUCGGUUUUCAACAGCCCGUCCGGUAGCGGCAUCAGUGAAAGGUCUUCUAGAAACUCGUCUGUCAUGCCCAUAGGUUGUGGGAGCGAAUGUUGCAACGAAGAGUCAGCGAAAAACCAUUUCAUAACGACGUGCGAUCUUCUCUGCUUUGCUUUCCAAAGUGCUAGAGGCAUGGAAUACUUGGCAUCCAGAAAACUAAUUCAUAGAGACCUUGCAGCAAGGAAUGUUCUGCUAGCAAAAGACAAUGUGGUAAAGAUUUGUGACUUUGGAUUGGCAAAGGAUUGCUAUAAAUACUCUAACUAUGUUAAGAAAACGAGUGGCCUAUUACCAGUAAAAUGGAUGGCGAUCGAAUCAAUCCAGGACAGAGUUUUUACCACCAAAAGCGAUGUGUGGUCAUUUGGAAUAUUACUUUGGGAACUAUUUACAUUGGGGAGUAAUCCAUAUCCAGGAAUGGAAGUUAAUGAAGAUUUUUUCAAAAAAUUAAAGAAUGGGUAUAGGAUGGAAAAACCAGAUCUGGCUCCAGAUAAAAUAUAUAAUUUAAUGAAGAAUUGUUGGGUGGAUGAUCCAAAUCUGCGACCAGAUUUUAGUUAUCUAGCUGAAAACAUAGGAAGCUUAUUAGAAACAGGUGUAAAGAAGUAUUAUGUGGAGCUGAAUGAUCCCUAUCAAGCUUUGAAUGACGAACUGAAGAACAACAAUGAUUAUCUUCAAAUGACAGGAUCAAUAACUGAAGACUACACCCACAUGGACAACACAGACCACUUAGAGCUCAGAGAAAACGAGAAAUCAGCUAUCACUUAUAGCAAUAUACCAACUCUUGGAUCCGAAAUAAAUGGAUCCGUUUUGAAAGAAACGGGAGACGCAGUUCCGAUGAUUCAACUUAAACUGUUAGAAAAAUUGGAAGCAUCGAACACAAGGGAAGGGAAACAAAGGGAAUCAUCGGACAUUAAUGAUGACACUUUAAACAAACUAACGGAGACGACGUAUUUGAAUGUGGCAAGCUCUUUAGAAAGAGUUGACUUUGACGAGUAUGAUUCGGUUUUCUUGGAAAAGGACAUCUCGAAGCACAAUCCUCUUUCCAAUGGAUUCAUAAGGAGUACAGACAACAGAGAAAUAUGUACCAGGUGUUAAAGAGAUAUUCAUGGAAUCUGUGUAAAUAAUGUAAAAAAAAAAAAAAAGGCUGUUACUCUUGAAAUGGUGAAUUUUAAUUUAAAACUGUAAUAGCAAAUGAUUCAAGUUAAAGCAAAAGAUCAUUAGUUUCUGAUCACAGCUGAAAGGUGAAAUCAAGUACAAAAAGUAUGAAUAAACAAUCAGACUUGAAUGGGGUAAGAAGAAAAAGGACACCUGUCCUUUAAGUGACCAAAGAUAACCUGAAGUUGUGUUUUGAGGAUUUAUAUUUCGAAAAAUUCACCCUAAGCCUCCUAUUUGUGCCCAAAAAGGACACUUAUGACCCGUUCCAAAACCAGAAGCUGGAAAAACCUUCCUUAAAAGUAUACUGAUGUGCAGUACAUACUGUCUGACCAUCGAUUAGAUGGAAAGGCUAAUUUCCAGUUUAUAGGUGGAAAUAGACAUAUCUACUAGUUUAUAGGGGUGUUGGAUUGUUACAGCUGUGCAUUUUGUCUCUGUUAUUUAGCCCCAGUUUUCUAAAAAUGCAAAUUCGCUCAUGGCAAUAUUAUUUUAAUCUAAAAUCUAUUCGAUCUAUAUUCUCACUACAAAAAUUGAUGUAUCUAUUCACAACAUUCUUCUGAGCUUACCAUUUUGCUUUUACAUUCCUGAACGAAAUGAAACAUUUUCUUUUCGUUGUUUCCAUAGUAACUAUUUUUGUUCCCCCUCAUUUUAAUUUAGAAAAUGCAAUAAAUGAAUAAGGCUCUAGUGACCUUAUAAAACACGUGUGUCAAUAUCCCAUCGCUAUUUUCCCCUCUCCCCUGUCAGAUUCAUUCAGAUGGAAUCAUCUUUACUUGGCCGAUUGCCAAAUUACAUACAAUCUAUGGUCAAACAGUACGGGUCAAAAACUUUCAAUUUUACAACAAUAACCUAUUAGUUUAGCUUAAUAAUAAAUUACAUAAAAAAUAUAUUUACACUUUGACAAUUCUAGUCAACGUUUCAAAAUUGUUUCACUGAAUAAGUGCCUUAAAAUAUGUAUUGAAAAGCAUUAUAAAUAUCAUUAUCAUUAACUGUAUAUUUCAUUGCUUGUAAUUAUUAUUCAUGUUUUAAAAAAAGCAAUGUGCAUUGUAUAUGUUUUUAACUGCCAAUUAUGUUUUUGUAUUAUGCGUUUUAGAGCUAAAGGGAGUUCAAAAAUUACAUGAAAGACAUUAUGGAUUAGCUACUACUUUUUAAAAAAUACCACCAGAAUAGAGAUAUUUAUUAGAGCUUUCUUAGAUGCUACCAUUACUAAACAUUGAAAUGAAAUACUGCAAAACUGCACACUGGCAUUUUCAAAAGACCUUUUGGGAAUGCAAAAUCGUAGGCAGAAACAAUCGAUUGAAACAGAAGUUUUCGUUUUAUGCCUAUUCUGUUAUGUUUUCAUUGAUGCCAACAUUGGUGGGACAGCCAUUAUUGAUUGAUAGUCAUACUCAAAUUUAUUGAUCAAAUCCACAAGUGCUAUGAGAAGAUGCAUUGCAGUGACCAAAAACUAUGAAGUAUCUGCAAGCAGUUUCUGUAAAAUUUGCAUAUUGUUUGAAGGGAACUCCUUACUUUAUCUUCAAAGCUUAAUGAUGGUAGCAAUAAAAAC